AUGGCGUCGGCUCAGCGCCUGAAGGAGUUUAUCCGCGGGAAACUGGCGGCUGCCGCCGAAGAAAUCUUCGCGGAGUUUGAGAAAACCGUCGUCCGGUACGAGCAGGAGAUCGCGCACCAGCGCGAGCUUCUGGAGACCGGCCGGAAGCCGCAGAGCAGCCCGCGCGGACGGGACCUCCUGUCCCAGAACCAGCCUGACGGGCCCCGUCUGGACCUGGAGGAGCCUCCACAGAUUAAGGAGGAGCAGGAGGAGGUCUGGAGCAGCCAGGAGGUGAAGCAGGAGUCCGACUAUGAGAUGGUGACCCUGACGUAUGGCGACGAAGAUGAAGCAGAACCGAGGAGCCAGCUCCUCCCUCUGGACUGGGGGGGGCGGUCCCCAUCGGACCCGGAGACACUCGGCUGCUGUGGCAACGCCCAAGACCUCCCCAGACAGCAGGAGACCCACAGAACCUCCAGUCCGGACCGGUCCGGACCAGAGCCCCCCGCUUUCAAAGAGGAGCUGGAGGAGGGAUGCCCCCCCCAGCAGGGGGGCUGGCUGGAACCCAAGCAGGAGGCCCAGUCUCCACCGGUGACUCCUGCUGGGGGGGGAGGAGCUGGACUAGGACUGACUGGAGACGGGGACCAGCUCCCCCCCCAGAGUCUGGAAGAGGCCCAGAACUGGCCUGAAUCCACCCACAGAAACUAUCUGAGGCCAGAGAGGAGCCAUGUCAGAGACCUGAACCUGCCUGACACCGGCUCGGGGGGCCAGACAGUAGUCUGUCAGAGCGCUAGCUUCCAGCUGGGGGCGCCUCUUGGACUGGACUCAGGUAGGAACCCACUCGCCUGUGAAAUGUGUCCGGAGGGUUUGACGUGCGGCGGCCAUUUGCCGGCCCGGGUGGAGACUCCCCGGAAGCCGUAUGCGUGUGAGAUGUGUGAGAAGAGCUACGGCCAGAAGUGUGACCUGAACGUCCACAUGAGGACGCACACCAACGAGAAACCCUACGCAUGCAACUUCUGUGGGAAAGCUUUCAGGUACAGGAACGCCAUGUUGUCCCACCAGAGGACUCACACCGGGGAGAAGCCCUACGUCUGUCAGACCUGCGGGAAGAGCUUUACCGAGAGGCUGACGCUCAAGAGCCACUGGCGGAUCCACACUGGGGAGAAACCCUUUUCCUGCCCCACCUGUGGGAAGCUCUUCAGAUACAGUGGGAAUCUAACCACUCACCUGAGAGUUCACACGGGGGAGAAGCCCUACCCCUGUCAGACGUGUGGGAAAGGCUUCAGCUGCCACACAAACCUCAUCUCCCACAUGGCCACGCACACGGGGGAGAGGCCGUACCUGUGUGAGGUGUGUGGGAAAAGCUUCAGUCAGAGCGGCUCCCUGCUUCAGCACACCCGGACUCACGCCGGGAAGAAGCCUCCGCCCUGA